AUGUCGCGCACAAACCGCACCGACGCAGAAUGGUACGCCGCCCCCUCCUCGGGCAUGGCGCGUAUCCACAAAGGCUUCAAAGCCGCAUUCGCCGAAAAUCACCGCCUCGCCGACGGCUCCUUCCACAAAUACGGCAUGUCGUUACAAGGAUUCCUGCACCAUGCCCGCUCCGUCGCAUUGAGUCUAGAUGGCCACCACCGGGGGGAAGAGGCCAGCAUCUUCCCUAUCCUCGCUAAACACCACCCGGCCUUUGCGAAUACCAGCGCCCAUGUGGCUAGCCACAAGAUCAUCCACGACGGACUGGAUCGGUAUAAUGCUUACCUUGACAAAGCGACGACCAAUCCAAAGAGCUACAAUGCCGCCGAGUUCCGCGCUGUCAUUGAGAGCUUUAAGGAGCCGAUGGAGAGACACCUCGAUCAGGAGGUGCGCGAUCUCGAGCCGACCACCCUUAGGAUGAUGGGCGUGACGGUUGACGACCUUAAGCGGCUCCCGUUCUAG